CGUUGGUGUGGAAGGACAUAAAGAAACGGUUUCCUAAGAAUUUAUGUACCUGAGAGAAGUCCUGAUGAUCACUUCACCUACCCCUUAAAAAUCCUGAUUCUUGAACCAAAACAUCAGCGUGAAAUUUUGAUUUUCCUGAUGAGAUCAAGAUUUGGAGUUCAUCAUGCAAUCAUUCUCCUCUUUAGCAUUAAUGGCUUUGUUAAUGGAGGAGAGAAUGAAACAGACCAAGAAGCCUUGCUUGAAUUCAAGACCAAGAUCACCAGUGACCCUCUUGGCAUCAUGAACUUAUGGAAUACAUCAGUUCAGUUUUGCCAGUGGUAUGGUGUCAAAUGUAGCCCUAAGCACCAAAGGGUUACUGUUUUGGACCUUAACUCACAGCUCCUCCAGGGGUCCAUAUCACCACAGCUUGGAAAUCUCAGCUUUCUACAAGUCUUACAUCUCUAUAACAACAGCUUCAGCAGUGAAAUUCCCCCGGAUUUAGGCCGGUUGCGCAGGCUAAAGAUGCUGCGGUUGCAUAAUAAUUUGCUCAGUGGAGAAAUUCCUCCCAAUAUUUCAAGUUGCUUGAACCUUAUCACCAUCACACUUGGUCGCAACAACUUGAUAGGCAGGAUUCCAAUGGAAUUCAGUUCUUUAUUGAACCUUCAAUUACUGAAGGCAGAGUUCAAUAAUCUGACAGGAGGAAUCCCUUCAUUUUUUGGCAAUUAUUCAUCUCUACAAGUGCUGAGCACAACCUUCAACAAUUUUGGUGGAACACUCCCAGACACUCUUGGUCAACUAAAGAACUUGUAUUACAUUUCAAUGGGUGCGAACUUCUUGACCGGUACCAUCCCUUCAUCACUAUACAAUCUUUCUUUUUUGAGUAUUUUUUGCUUCCCACAAAACCAGCUUCAAGGGACUCUUCCCUCAGACCUGGGCAACAAAUUUCCUUACCUUGUAGAGCUUAAUGUUGGUGACAACCAAUUUACUGGAAGCAUUCCAGUUUCGUUGUCCAAUUCUUCAUACCUGGAGAGACUUACUAUCGCGAUAAAUGGAUUUACCGGAAACGUGCCUUCGUUGGAGAAGAUGCAUAAACUUUGGUGGCUAAGCAUCUCCACAAAUCAACUUGGAACUGGAGAAGCUCGUGAUUUGGAUUUCUUGUCUACCGUUAGCAACGCAACUAGUUUGCAGCUUAUGGCUAUAAACGUCAACAAUUUUGGCGGGAUGUUGCCUAGUGCCAUCACCAACUUUACCAGCCUUAGCAUAAUGACCCUGGAUUCUAAUCGGAUAUUUGGGAGCAUCCCAGCUGGUUUGGGAAAUUUGGUUAACUUGGAGAUGCUAUAUAUGGGGAAAAACCAAUUCACAGGUAAUAUUCCUGAAGAAAUUGGAAAACUUCAGCAACUAAAGAAGUUGGGUCUUCAAGGAAACAAAUUCUCAGGUAACAUUCCAUCUUCUUUCGGAAACUUAACCCUGUUGACCCAUCUCUACAUGUAUCAAAGCAGUUUAAAGGGUAGCAUCCCACCAGAACUAGGCAAAUGCCAAAACUUGUUGUUAUUGAAUCUCAGUCAAAACAACCUUACUGGUGCAAUCCCAAAAGAAGUUUUGAGCAUCCCAUCCUUGACAAUCUAUAUGGACCUAUCACGAAACAACUUGAUAGGUUCCCUUCCUACAGAAGUAGGAACUUUGACAAAUCUUGGAAAAUUGGAUAUUUCGCAUAACAUGUUGUCUGGAGAAAUUCCAGGCACUCUUGGCAGUUGUGUUAGAUUGGAAUUUUUGUUCAUGCAAAACAACUUCUUUCAGGGUACUAUCCCCUCAUCUUUUAUUUCAAUGAGAGGUCUACGAGUUUUAAAUCUGUCACACAACAACUUGACUGGAAACAUUCCAGAUUUUUUCUUGGAUUUUCGCACGUUGGCUACCUUGAAUCUGUCUUUCAAUAAUUUUGAGGGUUUGGUACCGACAGAUGGACUGUUUCGGAAUUCGAGUGCAGUUUCAGUGGUUGGAAACAGUAAGCUAUGUGGCGGCAUUGCUGAGUUCCAGCUACUCGAAUGCAAUUUCAAAGGGACUAAAAAGGGGAGAUUGACACUUGCAAUGAAACUAGUCAUUGCUGCUUCUGCACUUCUGUGUGCAGCAUUGGUCCUAACUUCUCUGUUUCUCUUGUUCGUUAAGAGGAAAAAGGUAGAACCCACACCAACCUCUCCCGAGAACUCAGUUCUCGAAAUGUCUUACCGUAGUCUGCUCAAAGCCACUGAUGGGUUCUCCUUGACUAAUUUGCUUGGUGUGGGUGGUUUUGGGUCUGUCUUCAAAGGCAUACUUGAUAAUGAUGAAAAGCUCGUUGCAGUGAAGGUGCUAAACCUUCUAAACCCUAGAGCUUCCAAGAGCUUUAAAGCCGAAUGUGAGGUCUUGCGGAAUGUCAGGCAUCGAAAUCUUGUCAAGCUACUGACUGCAUGCUCUGGUAGUGACUAUCAAGGAAAUGAUUUCAAGGCUUUGGUUUAUGAAUUCAUGGUUAAUGGGAGCCUUGAGGAGUGGCUGCAUCCGAUAGUUCCUGGAAUCGAUAAGGCAAGUGAAUCAUCUAGGAGCUUGAACUUUGUUCAGAGACUUAACAUUGCCAUUGAUAUUUCUUGUGCUCUGGAGUAUCUUCACCGUGGUUGCAGAACACCAAUCGUUCACUGUGAUCUCAAGCCAAGCAAUGUUCUUCUCGACGAUGACAUGACAGGACAUGUAGGAGAUUUUGGGCUGGCAAGGUUCUUUCCUGAAGCCACUAAUAACCUAUCCUUUAAUCGGUCAAGCACCAAUGGAGUAAGAGGAACUAUUGGCUACACUGCUCCAGAAUAUGGUAUGGGAAAUGAAGUGUCGACAUCUGGUGAUGUAUUCAGUUAUGGAAUCCUGUUAUUGGAGAUGUUCUCAGGGAAGAGACCGACUGACGAAAUCUUUGAAGACAGCUUGAACCUUCAUACCUCCAUGAAAGCUGCUUUGCCGGGAAAAGUGGAAGAAAUUUUGGAUCCAAUUCUUGUUCAGGAAAUAAAAGGAGACACGAGCAGCAGUUAUAUGUGGAAAAGCAAAGUGCAGGACUGCGUCGUUCCAGUAUUUGAAGUAGGAAUUGCUUGCUCUGCUGAAUUGCCUAGCGAACGGAUGGAUAUAAGUCAGGUUACCGCUGAGCUACAGGCGAUUAAAGAAAAACUUCUUAUAAGUGAAGACAUGGGGACACAUGAAGUACAGUCCGUAGAAAAUCUAGAAGAGCAUGAUGUGGAGACGAGGUGCAGGAAACGAUGGCAAACAGCUCACAUGGUGGGAGCAACUUGAUUGAAGAAUCACAAAUUGUAAGUCAUGAAUCAUGAAUGUCGUAAUAUAAAUGCUUUCAAAGAGUCAUUCAUGAAAAUCCACAUAUCAGCCUAAAGGGCAAGCCUACAAGGAGUGCACUUCCAAGUCAACCAAUUCCU